GAAGAAGAAGGAGAGCAGGAGGAGAAAGAGGCAGAAGAAGAAGAAGAAGAGGAGUAAGAGGAAGGAGAAGAAGAAGAAGAAGUAGAAGAAGAAAAAGAAAAACAAGAAGAAGAAGGAGAAGAAGAAGAGGAGGAGGAGGAAGAAGACAUGGCAAGUCUGGGGCAGCUGCGGUAGCAUUAUUAGUCCAACACGAAGCAUCCGAGUCCGCGGAUCCCAAUUGGGUAGAGCCGCACCUGCACCAACCGCACCUGUCAUGUCGGCGACCGCCUCGUCGUCUGCGGGACGUCACCGACGUGCACCGCGGUAACUUUGAGGACAUCUGGGGAGACUCGCCAUGCAUCUUCCUCCGGGCACCAUCGUCGUCAUCAUCCCGCCAUGAGGCCAGCAUGAGCAGCUGCAGAUUCAACGGCGGCGUCAUGCGGCCGCUCAGCCACCUGAGCUCGUCCCGCAGGAACGUACACGAGUUCGAUUCCGAGUCGCAGCCCCUGCAGCCUCUCUCGGCCGGGGACGCGUCGGACGUUUUGGCGGCUUCCAAGCCGGAGAACCACGCGGCUGCGCGCAUGCAGUACGCGUCCGGCGACGGAGGCGGGGGCUGCGGCCAUGGCGGCGGCGGGAAGUCGGGCAAGAAGAAGAACCAGAACAUUGGCGAGAAGCUUGGCCACAGGAGGGCCCUGUUUGAGAAGCGGAAGCGGCUGAGCGACUACGCUUUGAUCUUUGGCAUGUUUGGCAUCGUUGUUAUGGUCGUAGAGACGGAACUGUCAUGGGGGGCCUACGGAAAGGAGUCCCUGUAUUCAUUAGCGCUAAAAUGCCUGAUAAGCCUUUCUACCAUCAUCCUCCUGGGACUGAUCCUCAUCUACCACGCAAGAGAGAUCCAGUUGUUCAUGGUGGACAACGGUGCAGACGACUGGAGGAUCGCCAUGACAUAUGAGCGCAUGUUCUUCAUCUGCCUGGAGAUCCUGGUGUGUGCCAUCCACCCCAUCCCGGGGAACUACACCUUCACCUGGACAGCCCGCCUGGCCUACUCCUACGUGCCGUCCAAGACGGACGCCGACGUGGACAUUAUCCUGUCCAUCCCCAUGUUCCUGCGCCUCUACCUGAUUGCCCGUGUCAUGCUGCUGCACAGCAAGCUCUUCACGGACGCCUCGUCUCGCAGCAUCGGGGCGCUCAACAAGAUCAACUUCAACACACGCUUCGUCAUGAAGACCCUCAUGACCAUCUGUCCUGGGACCGUGCUGCUGGUCUUCACCAUCUCGCUGUGGAUCAUCGCCGCAUGGACCGUGAGAGCUUGUGAGAGGUACCAUGACAACCAGGACACCAACAGUAACUUCCUAGGAGCCAUGUGGUUGAUCUCCAUCACCUUCCUCACCAUUGGAUAUGGAGAUAUGGUCCCAAACACCUACUGUGGCAAAGGAGUGUGUCUCCUGACUGGCAUCAUGGGUGCAGGCUGCACUGCCUUGGUGGUGGCCGUGGUGGCCAAAAAGCUGGAGUUGACCAAGGCGGAGAAGCACGUUCACAACUUCAUGAUGGACACCCAGCUCACCAAACGAGUGAAAAACACAGCAGCGAAUGUUCUCAGGGAGACGUGGCUCAUCUACAAGAACACCAAACUAGUGAGGAAGAUGGACCACGCCAGAGUCCGGAAGCACCAGAGGAAGUUCCUCCAAGCCAUUCAUCAAGCUCGGAAGUACAUUCACUGGCCUGUGGAUGGUCUUGUGUUCAGAUUGAGAAGUGUUAAAAUGGAGCAACGCAAGCUGAAUGACCAAGCAAACUCACUAGUGGACCUCGCCAAGACUCAGAACAUAAUGUACGACAUGGUGUCGGACCUGAACGAGCGAGGGGAGGACAUGGACAAGAGGAUCGCGUUGUUGGAGACAAAGCUGGAGACUCUGCUGACCAACUUGCAGGCUCUGCCAGGACUCAUCAGUCAGGUGAUCAGCCAGCAGCACAGGGACUUCCUGGAGGUGCAGCUCCAGCCUCGAGACAGACACAGCCCCGAGUCGCGGCGCAGGUCUUCGUCCACGGUGCCGCCCACCUCCUCCGAGAGCAGCUAGGGUCCACAGAAGGCAAGGCCUCCAUUUUUGCCAUCAUAUGGCCAAGUUGCAUUGAUCUCAAAGCCUUAUGGCUUCAAGAAGUAUUAUCCCUAUUCUGAUGACAGAAUCCAAGAUGGCGGAUAACACUUUGUGGCUUUCUAUUACCUCAGCGCUGCUUGCCUCGGUCGACUAGUGCACUAAAAUAGUGCUUCCCAGACUAGAGUGACAGCAGACCUAGAAUCCUUUAGAUCAUUUUGCAAAUAAUCCACGUAAACGCUUCCGAGUCUCACACCGCACUUUUGUAUUAAUAAUCAAUAACAACCGAUAUCUAAUGACAUAUUUGAAUUGAUCAAAGGAGAUUUGGGCAUGGGUUUAUUUGUAGUUCUUAUGAAUCCAGUUGGAGGUCCACCACCCUCUCUGAAAUACACAACCUGUCCACAGACUCAAUAGUGGAUCUUGUCUUGCUGUGUUUCCACUUCCUAUCCCCUCGGCUGGACGAACUCGCUGAAACCGAAUCUACCUUAAAGAAAAGUACUAUUUUUGUAUGUUUUGAUGAGGACAAGUUUAACAAUAAUCAACAACAAGCAGAUUCAGCGUACCAAGCAUGAGAUUUUCACCUACAUGCUUCCUGAAUAUGGAAUAAAAGCCAAGCAAUCUAAGAAGAAAUGUGUUCUGGACUCACCCCACACACACAAGUUAUAUCAUUCAUCAAAUUGCUUUUUUUUUUUACAGGUCAAGAUUUUGGUGAGUUGUAUGCAUAAGCAAAAAUUAUAAAUGUGACUGG